GGGCCAUUUAAAUGUGUGUGAGGGAGACUGUGAAAUGGCUGCGCAGGUCGCUGCGGUGCGCGCCGUCUCCCGGGCCCCGGAGGAGCCGCCCCCGCUCCCCUCGGGGGACCGGCCCGGCCGGCCCCGCGGCGGCGGGCGGCGGCGGCGGGGUCCCUCCGGCGAGGCGGCGGGCGGCAAGCGGGCCCGGCUGAGCCAGCCGCUGCUGGCGGGGCCCGGCCCGGCGGAGCCCCUGCCCCCGGCCGCCCUUCCUGGCCUGCCCGCCGCUGCCGGGCUCUUCACCUUCUCCCCGCUCAGCCUGCCGCCGCCCGCCGCGCUGGAGGAGCGCCGUCACCACCACCACCGGCAUCGCCCCGCCGCCGGCCCCGAGCCCGGCCGCCUGGCCGCCGGGCAGCCGCAGAAGGCGAGGCGGGGCAGCCCCGCCGACGGGGCGGCCGGGCGGCCCAGCAAGCGAGAAACUCCAGAUGAAAAUGGUAAAACCCAGCGAACUGACAGUCUUAUUAUGAAGAAGAUAAAGAAAAAAAAGAAAAAGAAACACCGGGAAGAUAUGAGGGGAAAACGCCUGAAGAUGUACAACAAGGAAGUGCAGACAGUGUGUGCUGGACUCACUCGCAUUGACAAAGAGAUUCUGUCUCAAGGACAGUGUGAUAACUUAGAAAUGAACAAGGAAUCCUUCAGGUAUCUGAAGGAUGAGCAGCUCUGCAGACUGAAUUUGGGAAUGCAGGAAUAUCGAAUACCCCAGGGAGUACAAACACCAUUUGUGACGCACCAGGAGCAUUCUGUUCGCAGCAGCUUCUUGAAAACUGGCACUAAAUUUAGUAACUUCAUUCAUGAAGAACAUCAGUCCAACGGUGGUGCUCUGGUCCUUCAUGCGUACAUGGAUGAACUCUCAUUUUUGUCUCCAGUGGAGAUGGAGAGGUUUGCAGAAGAGUUUCUGGCGUUGUCAUUCAGUGAAAACGAUAAAAAUGCAGCUUACUAUGCUUUAGCCAUAGUACAUGGAGCAGCUGCUUAUUUACCAGACUUCCUGGAUUACUUUGCUUUUAACUUUCCUAACACUCCAGUGAAAAUGGAAAUUUUGGGCAAGAAGGACAUUGAAACAACAACAAUUUCAAAUUUUCACUCUCAGGUCAAUCGAACGUACUGCUGUGGAACCUACAGAGCAGGACCGAUGCGGCAGAUCAGUCUUGUUGGAGCAGUGGACGAAGAAGUUGGGGACUACUUCCCAGAAUUUCUAGAUAUGUUAGAAGAAUCUCCAUUUCUCAGAAUGACUUUGCCCUGGGGUACUCUGUCUAGUCUCAGACUUCAGUGCAGGUCACAAAGCGAUGAUGGUCCCAUAAUGUGGGUGAGACCAGGAGAGCAGAUGAUCCCAACAGCUGAUAUGCCAAAAUCGCCAUUCAAACGGCGCCGGUCAAUGAACGAAAUCAAGAAUCUCCAGUACCUACCUCGGACCAGCGAGCCCCGUGAGGUUCUGUUUGAAGACAGAACAAGAGCUCACGCUGAUCACGUGGGCCAGGGGUUUGACUGGCAGAGUACGGCUGCUGUGGGUGUUCUGAAGGCUGUGCAGUUUGGGGAAUGGAGUGACCAGCCUCGUAUAACCAAAGAUGUGGUUUGUUUUCACGCGGAAGACUUCACUGAUGUUGUGCAGAGACUUCAGUUGGACCUGCAUGAACCUCCAGUGUCACAGUGUGUUCAAUGGGUGGAUGAAGCCAAACUAAACCAAAUGAGACGGGAAGGCAUUCGCUAUGCUAGAAUUCAGUUGUGUGACAAUGACAUCUACUUCAUCCCUAGAAAUGUCAUUCAUCAGUUCAAAACAGUGUCAGCAGUCUGCAGCUUAGCCUGGCACAUAAGACUUAAACAAUAUCACCCUGUGGGGGAGACUUCUCAGAAUGCAGAAAGCAAUUCAAGCUUGAACAGUAGUGUUCCUGGAAAGACAGAGUCAGAAGGUGAACCCCAGUGUGUGAGUGUAAAAAUAGAGUCUGAAGAACCAGGUAUAGAAAUGCAGCUUACGCCAGGGGUGCUCUCCUCCUCUGCUUCUUCAAUAUCAGGACUUGUGCAACCAGAUCAGGUGGCCCAGCCCCUUCCAGGUUUUAAAAUAGAGUCUGAUCAGCAACACAAUCCACAGGAUCAUGCAGGCUCUUCUGUGUGAUAUGUAUAUAUUCAAACAUUUUUUUAACAACUUUUUAAAAUUUUGAUGUGAAGUUAUAGUUUUAUAACUGGCUUAUGUUUUAUUGGAGAAAUCUUGCCUAUAAUUCUAUAAAGAAAGGUGACAUUCCAAAAUGUCAAGCAUAUCUUUUUUACACAGAUUAUGCAAAAUUCAAGUUGUAUUUUAACCCCUUAGUACAACCUGUAACAGUGGUCUACCACUUCUUUCUGUUUAAGUAAAGAGAUAUUGAAUAUCUCCUCAAAGUCAGAAUGAAAUUCCUCCAGAAACAUAAAAUGGUUGAAGUGUAUUGGUCAGUGUUAUUUCCCUACUUUUACUUUAUCUCUAAUCUUCACCCGAAAGCGAUGCUUUUGUAGAAGACUUGCAAAGUGACUUUCCCAUCUCAUUUUAAUUGCUUAAAAAAAAAAAAGAGAAAGCACAGCACUUUUGAUGAUUUGUGAAAUUUUUGGUAUGUCUGUUCUUGACAUGUUGGUUUAUAUACAAGUUUGGUUUAUAUACAGGCUAUAGAAAUUGAUCUCUAUUUCUUACAGUUCCUACGAAGGUGAUGUGUAAAAUUAACUGAAGAAAGUGUCUGAUCCUGUUGAAAUGCAAUGACUUACUGACCUAACACUUUUCAUAGCACUGCUUAUGUUGUUUGGUGUGAGGGUUUUUGCUUCCAAAAUACAUCUUCCCUGAACAUGAUUAAUACUAGUGUCAAAAUUAGAGAACCUAUUGGUAGUCUUGUGGAGGAAACUGCUAUCUUUGAGCACUUUAAGGCUUUAAAAUACUAACCAACUUGGCAGCUUGUUUUGAUCAGGUCGUAAUGUGUCCAAUGGAACCACACUUCCCUUGUACUGAUGCACUUAAUAUAAUAGCAUUGAGUUGAUAACUGACUUACACAGUACGGCUGUCCUUAUCCUAGGAAGUUCUGUAUUACUAUUUCACAAUAAAAAGUAUUAUGGCAUUGGACUGCUGUUUCCAUGUGUAGCUUCUGGGUGCCCAGGUACUGUGGAAAAAUCAGUGGCACGUGCUGAAUGUGUAGAGUGUCAGCUAUCAACAGUUUUUAAACAAUCUUUCAAUAUUUCUGGAUGUGAACAUGUAAUCGGUAUUUGACUUUCACUCGCCCCAUUUAUUACUGCCCUGUCCAGUCAUCGAAAGGAAAAGCCCUGUCCCUUUCUCCCUCUCCCCCCUCCCCACAUUUAGAGUACAAGUUGGGUUUUGGUGCAACUUAAGCUGUCUCCAGAUAACUUUAUUUGUUCUAAUCCUCACUGGGGUAGGAAAGAUUUGAAACACUAUGUUAGACUAGACAAAAGCAAAGAUGCUGUGUUAGUUCUGGAUGCAUCUUUUUAAUAUCAAUUAUUACUCUUCUCUUUAUAAGGGUCUCUAAAAUAUGUUACUCUAUUAUAAAUCUUACUUUGUGCAAUAUUGUUUGUGUAGGCUUUUAUAUACAUAUUAGCACCUCAGUGUAGAGGUCACUAUUUUAAACUGAUAGAAAAAUAAUCAUCAGAAGAUACUGCAGUGAUUAGUUAGAACCUGUAUUACUCCUUAUGUGUAUGUAUGUAUUGUCUUCGGUACAAAAAUGAGGACUAGGAAAUAUUUCAAUUUAAAACUAAUUUACAGAUUGAAGUGGUAGUGACUUGUUUAGUAAUCUGUGUAAAUAAGGUGUUAGAAUGGAAAGCUUUUAUGAUGAAAAGUAAUGUGAUUCAUGCAGGGGUGUAAUUUAAUCUUAGCAGAAAUUCUAGAUGACCCAGACCGGCUCAUAAAUGAGCCGUCUGUUCUCUGGUGGGUUUUUUCCACUUUUUAUGUUGAGAGGAAUUUCAUAGCUUUAAGGGUUGUGCAAAGUAAAAUUCCUCACAGGCAAUAGUGGUUUCAGUUCAUCCUUCACAGUCAAAGAUCGUAUUACCCAAGGGUGUUCUUUCCUUUUUACGAAGUCUGCUAGUCUUCCAAGUGCCCAUUUCACUUCUCACACGUGCUAUUCUUUGGUCGUGUCAGUAGAGGUACAUCAAUAAGGUGGCUGUUCCUUGGCAGCCAGCACUGCGUACAAUCACUCAGGAAUUGACAAAUCUGCAGAUAUUACAGUCAUUCUGCAAACAUAACUAAAGGCAGAAUAAACAGAUGAAGAGCCCCCACACACCAACUUGUCUGUUUUAUAGUGGAAGUUGAAAUAGAGUGAAGAGGGAAUCAGUUUGGAAGUCCUCUGUGAAUUCUAAUAGUGUGUUUUCACCUGGGUGAAGGAAGACAACCAGAGUGGCUCGUGUUGCUUCCAAAACUGUAGCUUUAGUGAAAUCUGUGACUACAGCCUGAAAUACCGGGAAGAUGCUCUGACCUAUCUCUUCGGGUGGAGGGACGUGACCGAUAGCGUCGUGUUCUCUUUAUGUUCUGUUCAAUUACUAACUUAGUAUCAACUAAUGUCAGAUUUAAAUACAGAAACGUAUCUUCAAAUGACUUGAAUGUUGCUGAUGCUGUUCUAGCAUGCUUGGAAGAUUGAGGAAGAGAGGAGCAAACUUUAUAAAAAUCUGUUACCUAAAUAUAUUACCAAUUUUGGUACGCUUUAACCAAAAUGACAUACUUUCAAACUCCACCUCAAUAUUGGGUGUGAAGUAUGAGAGGGAUUGCUUAUGAAGCUGAUCGCUAACCUGACUAGCCGUUGUUUCCAGAUCACUUCAGUUGCACUGAAAACAACAGAGCAGAAUUAGAACAAUGCCUUGAUGUGAAAGAUGCAAAUGUUUUCCAGAACAAGACAUGUAGAAUACUGAUUUUUAUAAGCUAUUGCUGCUUAGAAAUGAAAUAACAAGUUCAAGCCACUUAAUGUUUGCUGAGUAAAACAAACUUCUGGGUAGGCCCAAGUAAAUACUUUGGAAUAUCGCUCAUGUUAAAUAACUGGCUGUUUGAAUUUCUCUGUAGGAUUUCAGAAAACAGCCUAUGUAAUGAGAUAAUCAAACUUUGGCAAAUUUCAUGGAUGGGUCUAAUAGUUCUCAGCGGUACGCAGGGAGAUACAGGGCAGCUCAUAAAUAGGAGUGCGGUGGGCAGUUACUGCAAACGCUCAGCUCUCCAUUACGAGGAUCUGCCCUGGGAUACGUGUGUCGGUUGACAACUCGAAAACACUCCUGCUUUGUGCUGGAGACAGCUGGGAAUUGACUGUAUGCUCUGUCUGUAAGGAGUGAUUGGCUUUGAGAUAUGGCGCUCAGGUGCUGGCUUCAGUUUUACAUAAAGUGCUGUUGAUUGAAAUUGUCACUUGGGAUAAAUGUGAGUGGCUCAGUUGUGCUAGAAGCAGACUAGCAAAAUGCAAUUUAAAGAUGAAAUACCAGUUAGCUUCAGUUUCCUCUCUCCUUUAGACAUGCUGCAAGUCAUUUUGUGCAGAUACUCGACACGUUCUCUUCCAGGAAAGCGGGACACUCGCUGGAGUGUUCUCAGGGCAUUUAUAACGACACUUUUCGCAGGUACAGGUCUUGCCAUAGAGAAAAAGGGCUCUCUGCUGUGCUCUGUGGGUUUUCCUGCCUGUCGCAGUUGAGUCCCCCCGCACCGGGCGAGCGGCCGGUGCCCAGGAGCGCUGGCGGCUCCGCGCUCGCCGGGGCGUGCGGGCGGAGGGGAGGCCCGUUCCCGCUCCCGGAAAGGCGGCUUUUCUCCCCAAAGCGGCGGGCGUGUCCCGCCGGGGCGGGGGGAGACACGCGCGGUUCUGGUUCCUUUGUACAAGGUGUAAAGAGAUUUCUGUAUCGCUGUUCUCGUGAUUGAUUUUGAUUGGCAGCUACGAUUUUUUCCUGUGGUUUCGGCCCCUCCGCGGCGCCCCGCGAUCGCCCGGCGGCGCCGCGCGGCCUCGCUCUAUUUAUUGACAGCGGCGAGAGCCCGGGCCUUGGGCCGCCCCGAGGCCGCGCGUCUCCCUCAGUAGCCGACUGUACACCAGUGUCAAACUGUUAAGCUAUUUCUUUGUAAAAUACUCCGACGGAAUGCAUAGAAUUUUUUCCUGUAAAGUAUUUUUUUAAUAAACAAAGUCUGAUUUUGUCCUUUA